CAGUUACCAAUCUCUCUCUUUCUCUCUCUCACUCACAACAUCAUCGUUUCAUUUUCUUUCUCUCUGCACUUUCACUCUUUCGAAACAACAACAACAACAAUGGCUGAAACAAAAGACAAUCACAUAGUAGAAAUCCCAGUGGACCAAGAACAUCAUCAUCAAAAGAAUGUUCUAUGUUCCAUGACCAACAACAUGAUCGAGGCCAUAGAGGAUCACCCUUUAACCGAAAUCUCGGAAAGCCCGGGUCACCUCUUGCUCCUGAAGCUGUGGCAAAGAGAGGAAGAACUCUUCGCAAAACGCAUUGCUCAUAAGGAAACAAGAAUGGACACCAUAAAAGCUGAACUUUUUCAACUCUCAUCAUUCUUCUUCAUCUUUCACGGUUUCUUUUUCACCCUCUUGUUCACAUCAUGGGCCAGGGCCCAGCAACAGGCCCAUGAGGGUGUUUGCCACAAGUGGUGGCUGCCCUCCAUGGUGUCCCUUUGCACCUCCCUUGUGUUUGUAGGGCUUGUGCAGGUGAAGGUGCACAGGUACUGGAAGGUGUGGGGGCAGUUGCAAAGAGAGAGGAGUGAUGGGAGGGCUGUGACAAGGUGCAUUCAGGAGUUGAGGAUGAAAGGGGCAAGCUUUGAUUUGUCUAAGGAGCCUCAUUGUGGGAAGAGGAUGAAGAGUUCUAGUGUUGAGAUCAAAUGGAGGCCUCUCACUUGGUGUUCUAGGAACUUGCUCACUGUUUCUCUUGUUUGCUUUACAGGUCUGGCCUUUCCUGCUUCCAAGUUUGUCCUCUGUGCCUUGUGAUCAUGGGCUUCGUGGAUGGAUCCUUGGAGCAUGGACUUUGGUGAGGGACUUGUUCUGUCUCUGGUGGGGGAAUGAAGCGUUUUUGGUCCGAUAGAUAAGGCAACCUAAUAAGAGGAGCCUCAGAUUUCAAUGCAGAGUUCAUAUUUUGCAAGGAGGGGGGGGCUGGAGCAUGUUAUACAAUGCUACAGGACCAACUAUGGGAGACAGGAGAUACAUUUAUUAAAUUGAUUCAAGUCCCGAUUAAAGAAGUUUCCCUUGAUUAUUGUGUUGCUGAUUUGCUGCGUAGUUGAUGGAGGGUCUCAGAGUACGAUAAUUGUGACCGGAGAUCCUUCAAGAGGCGUAAUUCUUUCUAUUCUGAAAGCAACACCUCUUGUGUGCUCUUCAUAUCUAUCUACAUUCACAUUCAUUUGUUGCAAUAUAAAUGUUGUAUCAUUUUUGGAACUUUAUAUUGCCAAAGAAAUAAAAGAUUGAAGUAUCUGAGGAACCUUGUAUUGAUAUGAGAUCUAGCCAGUGUUGAUUAUAAGGGACCAAAUACUUUCAUUUUCCUUUCAGUAGUAUAUCCCA